GAGUUUCUCUUUCGAUACUCCGUUAUCGGCGCUAGGGAGAGUGAGCAAAAUCGCGUCGACCUUCCUUGAUUUUUUGACUGAAAAAAAAAAAAGAUGUGACAGCCCUCAACGGAGACGUGGAUAUAAUUGUUUGCUCGCGGUGCUGGAAUGGCUUUAUAUUUUAUAACGAUCGGUGGAAAUCUUGUAGUUUGGCGUGAAAGUUGCGUGGAAAGUAGUUGGGAGGACGAUGAGCCCUUCGUCGCGAGGUUGAUUAUUUAACGCGUUUACGCGCCAUAUUUUAUUUGAUUAAGGAACAGUUUUACGAAUGAUAAUAUUUUUAUAGGUACACCCGUGGUAUUCGAUGCACGUGCAGCGUGGCGGGCCAUCACGUAUACUAGACUAGUGUCAAAAUCACGUUACGUCAGACCGCAUAAACUCCCAAUAGUUGUAUAAACCGCCCAGCCACACAUUUGCCAACCACCACUCGCUGCUGUCAAUAUUUUUUGUACUAUGUCCAGUCUCGUUCGAACUGUUAUUGAUCGGUGGUCGUAAGAUCCUCGAAGAGACCGGCUGAUCAUGAAAUCCGCAGUACUGCAAGCCUUGGCAGUGGGUUGGCUACUGGGAUGUCUCGUAGAACCUCUUUGCGGAAGUCCGCAGCGGCCAUAUUGGAUUUCUUCGAAAGAAAGCACUGCUAGGAAUCAUCGCGAAGUCGAGAACAAAUUCGCGAUAAAAAUUGACCGUGGAAAUUCGCAGCACCGAGGAGGAUACGGGGAUUCCCCUUACGAAAGUAUCGACCAAUUUCAACUUGAGCAACGGCGUUCAGGAUUUGUCCGAGACGAUCCGGGUCAAUUUCAGAUCCGUUACGGAUACGAAGACGAUGAUUUCAGUCGGAUUCGUAACGAACAAGAGUCGUACUAUCAAAAUCUUUUACGGGCCACUGAGAGCCCUCCGAGAGAAUUGCAACGUCAAGAAUCGCCUUCUGCCGAUACUGCGGCGCAGGAACGACAGAUUUAUUAUCAGGACUAUCUCACUCUCGAUGAAAACGAGGGCCCGAAUUUCGCCGAAUUCGAUCAAAAGGCGAAACUCGUGGACAUUUUGAAUUCGAUUGACGAUAACGUCAAAAAUUCAACGAACGGAAGAAUCGCAGAGCUGGUAUCAAAUCUCUUACUCAAAGAAGAUUCUCGCGUAUCGAAUCCAAAUGAUCUAGAAGCCAUAGCUUCACUGGAAGAUGACAUGAUUGCCGAAGCCAGCAUUCCGGAGGAAAUCAAACGCGGAGUCAGACAAGUGCGAGGACAGCAGCCAGGACUUUUAUGGACAUUAGCCAGACUAACGUUUGAGAAAGUUAACGACACCAAGUCCGCUGUAAACCAAAUUGGCAAAAUCGUGAACGAUAAUUUUGCACCUGAAUCUACGUCCACAUCACGCCCCACCACUUCCACUACGACCACAACCACCCCGAGCAAUUCUCUAAUCGAUGAUAGCUCUACCUCGUCAACUAUAAACGCAGAUUCAACUUCAGCCACAACUACGACGACAACUACGACCACCGAAGCUCCUUUCAUGUUAACUAGAACGGAACUACAGGGAAUUAUAAGAAGAAAUCUCAGAGGAUUGAUCAGGCUCUUCAAUAUCGAGUGGAGAGACGCGCUGAACCAAUCGCAAAUUUCUGUGAGGGAGUUUCAACGCGAUCUCGGAAAUCAAGUCCGGCCAUAUUUCGAGCCAAAUCCAAACUUGAAUUGAACGACGAAAAGGAGAGAAAUUGGAGUGGCCAUCACAUUGAAGUCAUUUAUUUUAUAAUUAGUUUUACAUACACGAACGUCGAAUUAAUAAUUCGAUAUCUUUAUUGGUGUUACUACAGAGUACCUAUCCUCAUUUUGAAAAUUAGAUUUUUCAGAGCAGCCAAAGACUGGAUAUAUUCCCUAUAUAUUCUAAUAGUUUCAUACUCGAAUGAACUAGCUCAUCUAUUUUCUACAAUGGUGACUAAUAUGCUUAGCCUGUACACCUUAUUUAUUUAUAUUUUAUUUAUUCCUAAGUCUUCAAUUAUUUUUUCGAUACGAAGUCGUCUCGUAUUUGUAACAUAUUUGCUUAGUCGGGUAGAUAUUCGGUAGUAUAACGACGUCCUGAUAUCCAUUGUAUCUACGCUGUAAUAAACCACGAUCUUCGUCAAAA